UCUGCUGGAGUUUGUGUUGCGCUUCUGAAACCAAACCCACAUCAAAGCUGACAUCAUUUCAUGAGCUCAUGAAAGUGCGCUUGUGCAGCAACGGAGAGACACAAAACAUCGGUUUUAAGAUUGGACUUUGCAAAGAAGUCAAAACAAUUUUCUUCCAUCUUCAUCUUUUAUGAUGGAGGGUUUUUCUGAUCUUCUCACUGAUGCAUUUUCAGAGAGUUCAGUUCCAUCGUUUUCCAUGGGAGAUUUGGACUUUGAGAAUGUAUGCUUUGAUGAGAAGAGUGCGGAAGAACAGGCAGAAAAUCUAAUGACAGAGACAGACGAGGCUCAGCUUCAGGAAGCAUCUGCAGAAGGUGCAGCUUUGUUUGAAGGCCCUACUGCAGAUACACUGAGCAUAGAUGAGAAUGCUUAUGAGGAUGAGGAGUUUAAAGGGGUCAGUUUUAGAAGUAAAACCCCAGAGGAUGAUAGCACAAGCUCUGAUGGAGAAGAAGAACAGAAAGUUGUUUGCUCUGGAACAGAUGAAGAUGAGAAGGCUGAAAGCUUGGAGGAAGAAGGUGAUGCACUGAUGUCGAUUAGUAGCAGUGGUGAUGUCCUUGAUUCCAAAAAGGAGGAUGAGAUCCUUGAUGAUGAGGACUCUGAAGCCCUGGAGGAUGUCGAUGAACUUAAAGUUAGUAACAAGUUGCAAGAAGAGGUGGACAGCGAUGAAGAGGAGACUCUGGAAUGUAGAAAUGAGACAAUAGUGAAACAUGUUGAGAGUGAGGGGGAGGAGCAAGAAAGAGAAGAGGACUCCUCUGAAUCCGAGUAUGAGGGCAUGAAAAUUGAAGAAGAAAACGUUCUCUCUGAGGAGCCAGAAAAUUCCUACCCUGUCGAUCCAGGAGAUUCUAGUUCGAAGUUUCCCUCCCUGUCUAUCCAGAAUCUGCAGGAUCUCAUUUCUGAAGUGGAUGGUGAGGCUUAUCAAGAGAAAAUGUCAGACUUCACAGGUGAGGAGCACGAGGAGGCAGGUGAGAGCUUUGCAGAUUAUCCCUCAGACCUUUCUUCUGGUGAAUAUGGCAGAAAUCCUGUUAACGUACAGGGCGCCUCGCCUUGUCCAAGGGAGGAAGAAUGCCUGGAAAAAGCUGUGACUGAAACCCUAUGGAUCCACACGUCUGAGGAGGCUGAUUAUGAAAAGGAGGAAGAGUUCUUGUUCAGCAGAGACAUAGAGAUGAAUGCUGAUAAGAUGAUGAGCCUGGAUGAGGCACCUGGAGAAGAAGAUGAGAGGAAACCAGAGAAUUUGAGUGUGACGCGCUUUGAUAAUGAAGAGGAGAUAAGCAAGAGUGACUCCUAUAGCUCUAGUGAAGAUGAAGAGCCACUGAGAAGAUCCAGUGAAGUAUUUUCAAUUCAGUCAAGAACCCAAGAUCUUGAAGACAACAGAAAACUGGAGAACAUUAAAUUUCAUGAUGACAGCACUAUCAGACAUGACAGAUAUGAACUAGCUGACUUCCUCAGGUCAGAGUUAGAUGUGUUAGAAAACAACACCUUUCUGUCAGAAUACCUCCUAACUACUGAUGACACAGAGGAGACAGAGUCACCUCCUUCAGACAAAAAUCAGUGUCUAGAGGAAGAUGCUAACAGCUACUCUGUGGUUCAGAGAGAAGAUACAAAAACAUCAAGUCCAUUCCUCCAAGGAUCCAUCGACGACAGCUUCUUCUUCAACAAUGAACCCGAAAACUUCCCAAAAGAUGGACAGCGGGAGGAGGAGGAGGAUGGAUACGAAGAGAGGAGAAGCUUUGAACAGAUGAAGCAGAGAAUUGAAGCUUUCCAAAAGUUUUACGACACCAGCGAGGACGAGAACGGGCGAGAGAGGCAGACAAAAGUUCAGUUUUGUGCAGACCCCUUAUCUCAAGUUAAUUAUUAUGACAGUGACAGCAGUGACAGAGACUCCCUCAGCAGCUCCUCAGGCAGGGAGGAGGACCCGAGCUCUUCAGAACAAUCUGAUGAACCAAGGGAGCCUGAAGAGGAUCUGAACAUAAAACCUGUGUAUGAUCCUGCAAUUGUUCAGCAGCAUCAGAUCCCGGCAGACAUUAUCAACACACAAACCUGCACAGAAACACCCAAGUCUCUCAGCACACUGAAGCUGAUUGUGACGCUGGGUGUGCUGACAGCGACUGGAGUGCUGAUGUUCUGCCUGACUACAGACCAACCCGAGUGGCUCAGACAGCUUCUCUUUUUUUAGAGCUGCAGCUCAUUUUGGUUUUGGGAUUUUACUUUUAUUGUCGUAAUUGAAGAAAAAACUGUUUUACGAAGAAUGAAAGAAGAACUCUGUACAUAUACGAUUCUUACACUUAAUACAAUUUUUGUUUAAGAUGGUGAUAGGGAUCUUUAGAAGUAUAUAAAUGUAAAAGGCAACUAAAAAGACACAAGAUUGAACUAUAAAAUACUCCUACAUAUUACUGCCUGUGAUCCCCUGUAAUAAAGGUUUUAUCUUGAUUACUCCAGA